UGCUGUCAUCAAAAGUUGAGGAAAUGUUUUUGACAAGUCGAGUUAAAUCGGUGGACCUUCAAAACGUGGCUAUUGGCAGCUCUUCACAGUGGAAGUGUUCAGAUUUGGAAUUACGAGAGUCAGCUGCUUCUGAAGUCUUUCAAAAUAUGUGAUUUGCCAGUGCGCGCUGCCAAGUUUAUUUCACGCAAAAACUGCAUUGUUACCGGCUCAGAUGACAUGCAUGUCAGAAUUUUCGACUACAGCACCUCGCACUAAGUCCACCAAUUUGAGGCUCAUUCGGACUAUCUCAGGUAGGUGGAAUGGUGCAUUUAUGCAAAUAUGUUAUAUUACAUCGAAUUUUUGCAUUCGUUUUUGUACAUCACAUUUGUACUUUUUUGUUUUUUCUUUGUGUGUUUUCCUUUAUUGCCUC